AUGUCUCGAGCAAACAAACAGCCCACAUCCGGUCCGCCCUAUACGAUAUGCUCCCGCGCAGCACGGCCAGACUUUGCAUCUCAAGCAGAGCCGCCUUCAACUCUACUGUUUGUAGACGUCACAGCCGCGAAGACCAAAUCAGACCAAAGACAGAUCCGUGCUCAUGUCAUGACCGCCACCCACGAAGCGAGACGCCGCCGGGGCUUGAAGGACACCAAAGCUGACAAGGAGAAAGAGACUCGGCUUUCAUUGGCCGACUCCAAGAAAAUGAUUCGCAUCUUAUACAGAGCCGGAAGCCCUUUACAGGAGGCGAGUCUUGCGACCGAAGACCCAUUCGAUUCUUUACCCGUCACGUCUUUCUCGGGCGUCCACGAUCUCAUUACACAAUACAUCGAGCACUAUCCCGGUGCCCCACCACUCACCGACGACAAAUUACUGCGGAGCCCAAACGAAUCACAGCGUGCGCUUGCCAGACGCAGUAACACGCAAUGGGAUCUGAUAGUCUCAGACAAGAGCAGCUUCCUAGUCUUCCUCGCAGGGGUAACCCGUCUACGUGACCUGAUCAGCCCUUCUGGAAAGUGGCGAACAAGCCAUUUGAGGCUGCAUCAGGAACUCCUCCAGUCCAUCAGGGAGCGCUUGCCGUCCCAGACAUCACCCAAGAAAGUACCCGACGGCCUCGUCUGGGCCGUAGCUGCUGUGGGCGGCGGAUCGCUCACCUCCCACCAGGCCCUUUUCCCCGACCGCCCCGCCGCCCUCUCCCACCUCAGCGGCGCCCGCGAACUGGUCCGACUCCGCGGCGGCAUCGACACCUUCCAGCGACUCGCCCGCCGCUCCAUCACCUGGUGCGAGCUGCUCGUCUGCGGCGCCUACGGCCUCUGCCCCACAUUCGCUCCUCCCUCCCCGCCCUGGCUUCCUCCCUCGCAUAGGAUGGCUACUUCUUCUACUACUACUACUACUACUACUAUCGACGCCAACGCCCCCUCCUCCUCACCAUCACCCUUCCCGCCCACCUUUACCUCCCUCGUCUCCGCCACCCACCCGCGCACAACCGCCCACCUCCCCAAGCGCCACCACCCCCACCGCCGCAGCAAGAACAACAACAACAACGCCGACGACGACGACAACGACGACGACGACGCAUCGGCAACCUCCACAGCCCCGACGACCCUCGGCCUCAUCUACGCGGCCUUCACCCUCGUCAGCGCGUCGACGACGGCCGAGUGGGCGCCCGCCUUCCAGGCGGACGCCGCGGCCAAGGAAGGCGCCGCGGCGGUGCUGGACGAGGCCGCCUUCGCGCUGCUGGUCGAGCUGGCGCGGAUGCAGGAAGAAGAUGUUGGCGAUGGCGAUGGCGAUGGCGAUGGAAGCGACCCAGGGCGGGAUGCUGAUGCGGGUUUCUGUGUUUGGGAGGUGGGGGAUGAUGAUGAUGAUGAUGAUGACGAUGACGAUGAUGACGAGGAGGAGGAGGAGGAUGGGAAGAGUGAGGGCGGGGUGGGGGAGCGCGAGGGACGGCUGCAUGACCGCCGGGGCACUAGGUGGGCGCACGCGGUCAUGCUGCACGCUGCGCAUGUUUACCUCUGGGCGGCGUUGAGCGAUGUGCCGCCGAGUUCGGAUAUGAAUCUGAUGGUUUUGGAGCGGCUGAGGGCCGCUCUUGAGAGCGGGGGCGUGGGGGUGGAUACGCCUCGUCGUGGUGGUGGUGGUGUUGGCUGGCAUGCGGAAGUGUGGAUGCAACAGUGGAGCGGCGGGGCGGGAGCAGGACCGGGGGCGUUGGAUGCAGAGGCGCUCAUGUGGGCUUUGGCUGUAGGGUGGUUUCUGGCGGACAAGAUGCAGUGCGGGAAAGAUUGUAGAAAGGGAAUUAUGCUAUGUUGGUUUGAAGACACCAUCUUGGAGCUACUGGCAGUGAUGCGGAUCUACGAAAAGAAUCAGGCAGAGGAGUUAGUGAGGGAUUUUCCAGGGACGGAUUCAUUCAGGAGGGAGUGGCAUAAUUUGUUAUUGCAGGACAAGUUUCGCGGGUUGCGUUAA